CCCAUCCAAAACCUCCAUUCACUUUCUCUUCUUCUUUACAUUUUCACUAUUCUUCUCUCUUCUUCUUGCUACUGAGGUCAGAAAAAAUGGCUGGUGGUGGAAUUCCCAUUGGAGGGGGUAACAAAGAGUACCCCGGAAACCUCACUCCUUUUGUCACCAUAACAUGCAUCGUUGCUGCCAUGGGUGGUUUGAUCUUUGGCUACGAUAUUGGAAUUUCAGGUGGUGUGACGUCCAUGGAUCCGUUUCUGAAGAAAUUUUUUCCGGCGGUGUACCGGAAAAAGAACAAGGACAAAUCGACAAACCAGUACUGUCAAUAUGACAGUCAAACAUUGACGAUGUUUACAUCGUCGUUGUAUCUGGCUGCCCUUUUGUCCUCGUUGGUAGCUUCCACCAUAACUCGUAGGUUUGGUCGGAAACUUUCCAUGCUUUUCGGAGGAUUACUUUUCCUUGUCGGUGCUCUUAUUAAUGGCUUUGCUAAUCAUGUUUGGAUGUUGAUCGUGGGUCGGAUCUUGCUCGGGUUUGGUAUCGGGUUUGCUAAUCAGGCUGUGCCAUUGUACCUCUCUGAGAUGGCUCCUUACAAGUAUAGAGGAGCAUUGAAUAUUGGGUUUCAAUUAUCAAUUACAAUUGGUAUACUUGUGGCCAAUGUGUUGAAUUACUUUUUUGCCAAAAUCAAAGGUGGAUGGGGAUGGAGAUUGAGUUUAGGUGGUGCUAUGGUCCCAGCACUUAUAAUAACAAUUGGAUCAUUAGUCCUUCCCGACACCCCUAACUCAAUGAUCGAACGUGGUGAUCGCGAUGGAGCUAAAGCUCAACUUAAGAGAAUUCGCGGUAUUGAAGAUGUUGAUGAAGAGUUUAAUGACCUUGUAGCAGCUAGUGAGGCCUCAAUGCAAGUUGAAAACCCUUGGAGAAAUUUGUUGCAGAGGAAAUAUAGACCUCAGCUUACUAUGGCUGUAUUGAUACCAUUCUUCCAACAAUUUACAGGCAUCAAUGUUAUCAUGUUUUAUGCACCUGUGCUAUUUAAUUCCAUUGGGUUUAAGGACGAUGCUUCACUUAUGUCGGCUGUCAUCACCGGUGUUGUUAAUGUUGUUGCUACUUGUGUCUCAAUUUAUGGAGUUGAUAAGUGGGGUAGGAGAGCCCUUUUCCUUGAAGGUGGUGCUCAAAUGCUCAUAUGCCAGGUUGCAGUAGCAGCUGCAAUUGGGGCCAAAUUUGGAACAAGUGGAAACCCUGGUAAUUUACCAGAAUGGUAUGCUAUAGUAGUUGUGCUCUUCAUUUGCAUUUACGUAGCAGGAUUUGCUUGGUCAUGGGGUCCUCUUGGUUGGUUGGUUCCUAGUGAGAUUUUCCCAUUGGAGAUUCGUUCUGCAGCUCAAAGUGUAAACGUAUCUGUGAACAUGCUUUUCACCUUCUUAGUUGCACAAGUUUUCUUGAUAAUGCUUUGUCACAUGAAGUUUGGUUUGUUCCUCUUCUUUGCCUUCUUUGUUUUGGUGAUGUCAAUCUAUGUAUUCUUCUUAUUGCCUGAAACUAAAGGAAUACCAAUUGAAGAGAUGGACAGAGUUUGGAAAUCACAUCCCUUCUGGUCUAGAUUUGUUGAACAUGGUGAUCAUGGCAAUGGUGUUGAGAUGGGAAAGGGAGCUCCUAAAAAUGUGUAAUUAUUAUUAUUAGUCUUCAUUUUAUUUUAUUUUCAUUAUUAAUUAGUUUUAUUGGUGAAACACUAACUAUUGGUGUCAACCUCAAGUAUCAAAUGUAAUGAAAUUGCACUUCAAAAUUACGGGAUUAUUUUUCUCA